AUGUCUACAAGUGCUACUACUGAUAAUACUUUGUACAAAGUCGUGAAAGAAUUUGACGCGGAAGCUCUUAUCACUUUCUUAAAUGGAAAAAGCUUGGGGCUUAACAAAAAUGAAAUUCAAAUUUUACGUGAUCAGGAGAUUGAUGGUGAUAGCUUUCUUAUGUUAAACGAAGAAAGGUUUAAAGAAUGUAACAUUCGAAUGGGACCAAGAGCUAAGCUUGUCAACUUGAUUAAUAAUUUAAACAACCAAA